AUGUAUAACAACCAAAGAAGUAAUAAUGAGAGCGAUACUGGGAAAAAUAAUGGAAGCCUAGUUAAUAAGUCUGGCAAAAAUUACCAGUAUGUGUACAGCAUCAAUAAUUUAUCCAACCGGCGAUGGGACAGAUCAAAAAAUGACUUGCACGAUCACUACUACGCCAAGAAUGAUGAAAAAAGUGAUUUGUCGGUAGAAGAGUCAAUUGAGAUUAAUAAAAACGUGCUUGAGAUUUCAAAAACAUCGGGACUUGACAUCACUCAAGUCAACGGCCAGCGGAAACUAGGCCCGCCAAAAGAUUGGGUCGGCGAAGCACCGAGUCCUGAGUGCGAGGUUUUCGUUGGUAAUCUUCCAAGAAAUAUUUAUGAAAAUAAGCUCUACCCGAUCUUCCAGCGAGCUGGAGAAAUUUUUGAAAUUCGUCUCAUGAUGGAUUUUUCUGGCACAAACCGGGGCUAUUGUUUUAUAAAAUACACUAAGCCCGAAUACGCGGCAAAAGCCAUCAAAGAAUUGAACGAGUGGCCGAUUGAAAGAGGGAAAAAAAUAGGCGUCGUAGCGAGCGUUAAUAACUGUCGCCUGAGUAUUGCUCGAUUGCCUCCAGAACUAGAUACGAAAACUUUUAUCAAGAAAAUUUACGAAACCACAGAGAGUGUGACUCAAGUCGCGGUUUACAGCAUCGCUAAAAGUAAUGCCGCUAAUAAGCCGAUGCAAAAAAAGGCGUUAAUUUCGUACAAAGCGCACAUUGAUGCUGCGAUGGCCAGAAGAAAGCUCAUGCCGCAGAGAACGACUUUAUUUCCCAAUGUUGAGUUGAUUAUAGAUUGGGCUCAUCCUAGUUCAUCGAUGCACAAUGUUAUCGAAGAGUGCGGAGUUAUGUCCGAAGACGGUGAGAUACAUAUUUCAGAGAGGUACAUCGAGCCAAAAAAACAUUACAAACCAAAGGAUGUUUCUGCUAAAAGUAACAAAUUUGGAAAAGGCACCGACGUUUUGGAUAAAAAUCUAGGAAGCGGGAGGAAAAAUACUAUUGGAUGUAAAUCCAAGCAAUUUUUUAAGACACCUCACGAGCAGCAGCGAGUUGUUAGUAAUAAUACUUUCAAGAAAAUACCGCUGAAUCCUAUUUGUAAAAGAUCACUGUCGAUGAUCCAGGAGAACAAUAGUGCUCUUAGAGAUAUUAAUGUUAAUAACAAAUCUGCUGUGAGCUUCAAUCAUUCGCCAGUUGUUAUUAGAAGUCCGUAUUUGUCUGAUAACAAGGAGAAUAUUUCUGACCCGUAUUUAAUUCCUGCUAUCCAAAAUUUGAAUCAAAACCUCAAUAAUAUAAGCCUUCCUCCGGUUUUUAAUUUCAAUGGAUUCAACUUUAAUCAAAGUUACCAAGUUGUUCAAAAAAAUUUGAUUAUGACACCCAAUUUACAGCCAACAUUUCCUGUUUAUCAGGAUAAUUUUUGCGUCGACCAAAAUUGGUCCAAUUUUGAUAACAAUAGAGUUAAUGACUCAUAUUAUAAUCAACAGUAUUGUAGUAAUAUCAAUACAAAUAUUAAUAUGAGAUGCAAUUUACCGGGUCUAAAUAUUGUGCGCUCUUCAAUACCUAAUCAGUGUCCCGAAAAUUUAAAUGUUUUUGGAAACGGUCAAGGGCACUUGAUAAACAAUCAAGUUGGUUAUCGGCCUCAAUAUGACACCAAAUCUUUUGGGCUUGGAAAGAUAAAUCAUUUUCCUGUAAUGUGUGCUGACAAUCAACUAUUCAGUGUCCCCAGAGGCAUUUUUAAAUCUCAAUACUAAUUUUUUAGUGUUUUAUUUGCCGUUUUUUUGUUUUGUAAUAUUGAAUUAUACUAUAAUU